CACACAUACAUCUCCCGAUCGAACGAGCUCCUCCUCCUCCUCCUCCUCGUCCCCCUCAUUGGCGACAAUGGCAUCCCGAACCCUCCGCCCCGCCUCCAAAACCCUCCGCUCCCUUCACCUCCGACAAUACACAACCACCACCUCCCCAGCCCAACCCACAACAACCUCGCCCUUCGCCCCCCGACACUUCCUCUCCAUCUCCGACCUCGCCCCCACCGAACUCACCACCCUCGUCCGCAAUGCCUCCUCCUACAAAUCCUCCGUCAAAUCCGGCUCCAUCCCACCUCACCUCCGCCAAACCCUCCAAAACCAGACCCUCGCCCUCAUGUUCACCAAACGCUCCACCCGCACCCGCGUCUCCUCCGAAUCCGCCAUCACCCUCCUCGGCGGCCACCCCAUGUUCCUCGGCUCCCAGGACAUCCAACUCGGCGUCAACGAGUCCCUCUACGAUACCAGUGUCGUGAUCAGCAGCAUGGUGUCCGCUAUGAUCGCACGAGUCAACGCGCAUGAGGACGUAGCGGGACUGGCGAAACAUAGUUCCGUGCCGGUCAUCAAUGCGUUGAGUGAUUUGUAUCAUCCCCUUCAGACGAUUGCGGACUAUCAGGCUAUUAUCGAGGCGUUUCCUAGCUCGGCGGAGGGGAGGGGGAAGAAUAGUUUGGGGCUGGAAGGGUUGAAGAUAGCCUGGAUCGGCGACGCGAAUAAUGUGCUCUUCGACCUCGCCAUCGGCGCCGCGAAGCUGGGGAUCCACAUCGCCGUAGCCACACCAAAAGGCUACUCCAUCCCGCCCUUCAUGCGGGACAUCAUCACUUCCACCGCGCCCAACGUGCAACUCACCGAAACCAACGUCCCCGAAGAAGCGGUUAAAGACGCGGACAUUUUAGUGACGGAUACAUGGGUCUCAAUGGGUCAGGAAGAAGAGGCGAAGAAGAGGAUGGCAGCGUUUGAAGGGUUUCAAAUCACAAGUGAGUUGGCGAGGAGGGGAGGGGCGAGGGAAGGGUGGAAAUUCAUGCAUUGUUUGCCGAGACAUCCGGAGGAGGUGAGUGAUGAGGUGUUCUAUGAUGGGAAGAGGAGUUUGGUGUUCCCCGAAGCGGAGAAUCGGUUGUGGGCGGCGGUGAGUGCGAUUGAGGGGUUUGUGGUGAAUAAGGGGAAGAUUGCGUGA